AAAAAUUUAAAUACGGUGGAAAAGAAAAACUUAAAUACGCUGAAAGGAUUAUCGACCUAUAUCGCAGUGGAAAAUAUGACAAACUACUGACAGAACAAUUGAUAUUGCUACCAAAACGGAAUUGGAGUGAAAGACCAAACAUUGACGAAAUUGAAAAACUAAAAAGUG